CUGUCAAACGUGACGUUGACAUUUAAUGAUUUGAUGUGAAUUGGAGUUUGUUUGGCGGCGGGAGUUAUUUAUCUGGCGAUUCUGGCGUCAUUUGGUUAUUUCUGAUUAAUUCUGAUAGUGAACGAGGACUUAGUGUCCGUGGCAGUGAGUGGCAUCAGACGGCGAGUGCUUGUGGUGUACAGCGAGUGGCAGUGGCUCAGUACCAGCAGAGCUUAGUGUCAGAAGUGGAGCCGGCAGUCGGCGCCGGGCAUGUAGCGGCCAGUGUUAGAGCUGAAUGUGUGACGCGGGAGACUUGAGUGCGGCGGGCGCGACGGGCGCCAUGACGGCGAAGUACUUCGUGUAUGGGUCGGGGCGCUGGCGGGCGGUGGACCUGGAGUCAGGACGUGUGGCGGGCUGGCGGCGGCGCGCGCGCUUCGUGUACCUGCAGCGCGGCCGCCUGCAGCUGGCGCGGCGCGGCGCCGUGCUGCGCGCGCUGCGGGCGCUGGCCGCGGGCGCGCCCUCCGCCGCCGCCGACGGCCCGCGCCUGCCCACCCGCAGUAAGGAGCCCCACAGGGAGCGCAGCCCUGCAGCGGCGCCGACCUGUUCCCACCACUGCUGCUCGCACUGCCGCAGCGCGCCGCCGCGUGGUGGCGCUACCAGCGGGAGGCACAUGGUGGUGGCGCUGCCCACGGUGGUGGUCGGGCCCCCCGCCGCCACGUCGCCGGUCCAACACACUCCCACUGUGACGUCACCGCCUACACCUGCUCCCGCAGUGACGUCACCCCGUAAGCCGGGGCCUCUUAGCUCGCACCGAAGGGCGGGGCCCGCCAGCUCGCCCCGUAAAGCAGGGCCUACUGUAAGUCCGUCACAUAAAGCUAGUCUCGCUGUAAGCUCGCCAAGCAAGCCUGCCCCCGCUAGUAGCUCGCCACGUAAGCCUGGCCUCGCCGCGAGCUCUCCCCGUAAGGUCUCCCCGGCGGGCGGCGAGCGCGCCAAGUACCGCGAGCUGGUGAUCUCGGACGCGGAGCUGGCGCUGGUGCGCGGGUACGUGUCGCGGCGGCGAGCCGGCGAGCUGGCGAGGUAUGACGCGGACGAGAGGUUCCGGCUGGCCGUGCUGUACUCCUUCAACCCGGUGGUCCGCCUGCGGCCGCUGUCCGCCGCGGUACUGGACCGGUAUACACGCGCCGCGGGCUCCGACACCGACGACAAGGAGAACACAGCGGACAGCGACACGGCCCCUGCGGCCCCCGCGGGCCCCGCGCCGCGGCCCCAGCCGGCCAAGCGGCCCCCCGUGUCGGAGCGGGGGGGCCCCAGCAAGCGGCCCCGGCUGGCGGAGCGCACCAACCGGGCCGCCUCGCCCGGCCUCGGCCACGUCAUCAGCAAGCGGGCGGGCGCGCACAAGGAGUACUCGGCGCUGGAGGACCACGCCAUCGUGGCGUGGCUGAGCGCGGGCGAGCGCGCCGCGCAGGUGAAGGGCAACGCCGUGUGGCGCGCGCUGCAGGCGGAGUACCCGCGCCUGGCGGGUCGCGCGCGCUCCUGGCACUCGCUGCGCAACCGCUACCUGCGCUACAUCCUGCCCGCGCUGCCCGCGCUGCGCCUGCCGCCCGCGCUGCAGCAGCGCCUGCGGGCCGCCGCCGCCGGCUCCAUCCGGUCCAAGCCGGCGCCGCGCCGCAACUCGCUGCUGCAGCAGUCGCCGGUGCGCAGCGCGGCCAACCGCGCCCCCCCGCGUCGCGCCGGGUCUCACACACCCACCCCCUCGCCGCCCGCCGCCAGUCCGCGGCGCUCGCUGCGGCUGCGGGACACCAGCAGCACGCGGGCCAAGUCUCGCUCGCCCCCCGCGCCCUCGCCCCCGCCCCCGGCCGCGCGCCCCCGCCCCUCGCGUGCCCCGCGCUACUCGGAGCUGACCCGCCAGUUCGCGGCGCGCCACCGCCCCCCCACCAUCGACUCCGACUCCAGCUCCAGCAGCUCCAGCAGCUCCAGCAGCUCGAGCCAGUCGAGCAAGUCGAGCCAGUCGAGCUCCAAGAGCACAGAGAUGCCUGCGCCUGCGCCGCGCUCGACGCCGAAGCGAGCGACGCGCAAACUGUACAACCCCCACUAGGCGCCCCUCGUGUGCUGGGUGCCGGGUACCCGCGCUGUGUGUAUCCAAGUGAUCUUGUUUUUAUAUUUCCAAAGGAAUGUAUGCCUUAUAUUGUAGAAAUAAAGUCGAAUUUGGUUCGUGCCCCUGUGUAUGUAACUGUCGCCGUCCCAUCGAGCUGCGUCACGUCACACGUGGACGUUGAAAUGUGUGUCUUAUCGAGUAGACAAUAAAGUUGCUUUUGCAGCGCUUCUGUAUUGUUAGGAGCGGUUCCUGAACUAUCGAUGGGUCGGCGAAGGAUCGUUGGGCGUAAUAAUUUAGUUUUUUUAUUAAUUGUGAGCCGCGACAUAUCGGCCGCAGACUAUGUAGAGGCAAAUGUCUUCCUUUUUGUCCUGCCAAAGGAAUGUACGCGUUAUGGCUUAGAGAUAAGGUUCAAUUUGUUAUGUUUUUAAUUGUACGCGCAACAACCGCGCUACUGUUGUACCCGCUUUUUACCAACCUCUCUUAGAUUUUAAGAAGCCCUUAAGCUGAAAUAGGUGUCUCAUGCCUGUAUUUUGAUUUUGUCUAAAGCCUCGUACUCAUGGUAAACAUUUUGCUUAGCAACAGUUGAUCAACGUUGUUGAUGAAUAGCGAGAAUGCUGCUGGAAACUUUGUUUAAACUAAUAUAAACUGAUGUUUUCGCUCGCCGGGCGUCAACUCCGCAACACAAGUGUUGCCCGCAACAUGUUUAUGCAACCAUGUUGCUAAACAAAAUGUUUACCAUGAGUACAAGGCUUAACUUGUAAGUUACCAGUUGCUACCAGCGGCAUCCCCCGCGUCCCCUACGUGGAAUAUAAUGUAUCCUACCACCCAGUAGAACAGUCAGCUCAUAUAUAUCUUGUCAGUAUACUAUACUAAAUGUCGUCAAAAUCCGUUCAGUAGUUUCAGAGUGAUUGAUGGACAAACAAACCUUCACAUUUAUAAUAUUAUUGUGACAUGUAACAGUACAAGUAAGGUUAGUUGAGGCGGUCCCUCGCGCGGAGUGAGCGAUGUAUGUAGCGCCUCGGUCGGAGAUACUGCCACGAGUGUGUCACGUUGUCUGUGUGUCGCGCUGUAUAUAUAUAUGUGUAUGUAUAUGUAUGUAGUAAUGUACGCAGCGCGACACCGCAGGUUGCAAUAAACUAUGUCAUACAAG